AUGCCUUCCACUAGCACCACCUACGUUACCUCGGCCCUGACCAUAACGUCUUAUGUCACUGCUCAGUACAGUGCCUCUGCUGUUCCAAGAGGUGCGACAACGAAAUCAUUGGCACCGUCCAGAAGCUCCUUCAGUCUGUUCAAACCUACGUCUUGGAAGCCAUCUUCGGCAGCAAGUGCAGCCCUUGCGACUAUGUCUGCAUCUGCGAUGGCCUGCACUCCAAGGACGUCGCCGACCCAGGAGCUGACCACCUACACCACCACCGUCUGCCCCGUUACUACUAGUGAAAAUGUCACCACGACAACAAGCACCAUCACCGUCACUUCUUGCAAGGCUUACUGCACUGCUCCUCCCCCGGCUCCUCCUGUCUACAUCACCGGUAACGGUACUGCGACGGUCACUUCCACUGGCAGGAUCACCUCGACUAGUCGCGUUCCCAGCAGCACUGAUCUCGUCGCUCCUCCUAUUAGAUAUUCUGCUCCUCCUGCCGCUCCUCCUGCCGGAUCCCCCAGCCAGCCUGUCGGUACUCCCGCGACUACCAAGCUCGGUUUGCCGGGUAAUUGUAAUCAGUAA